UUUCUUCUGUGCUUCUGAACUAGUGCUCUCAGUUUUCUAUCCUGUCACUAUUGCUCUCCUUAGCUGCACUGUUCUCCUCAGAUGUCAUGUCAUGACUGACUGAAGUCUGUCCUUGCAAAUACAAAUGAAAAUCACAUUUGAAAUGCAAACAAAUAGGAAAAAGCAGGUUGGAUUUUCUUGAGGAAAUGUGUGAGAUAACAAAUAAUAAAGAUACGUGAUAAAAGGUGUGUAGCCCACACGUGUUGUAGUCUACUUUUAACCAUAUUUGUAAUUUUAUCUAUAUUUAUGGUCAAAAGUAGACUACUGAUAAAUAUCUGACAAAAUAAGCUACAUUAACGAGAAGGAUAGUUCAUCCUGUCGGCUCAUCCUGAGUGAGUCGUGCUAACUGUCAACACACCGGCAUCACCGUAAAUACAGUGACGUUAUCGUGACGUUGCCAUCAGAACCAGAAACAGAUCCAGCACAUACAUCCUGCCCGAGUUCCCUGCACCUACCCUGUCCCAUUGUUUAUGCGCUGCUACACCACCUGCACAAGAACACACGGUGUAGCAUCGCUAUUUAGACUCUAAUUAGAGCAUACAGUGUAGACUGUAUAUAAAAUGUCCUGGGUACGUCAGAAGGUUUCCGUUUCCUCACGUUUCGGCGAGGCUAUCUGGAUGGACUCAGCAGUCUUAAAAACCCGUGACCCCUUCCUUUGACACAGACAUUCUUCAGCUUUGACGUUAACUAAAAGUGAAAAGGACGUUUGUCAGAGUUGUGCAGUCGUAGAAAUCAAGACAGACUGUAUUUACAGCUCUUCUCCGGCCAUGGACGAUUCUGCUCCAGCCACAAAGGGAGCGAACGGAGCCUCGACAGCAUGUGAAGUGGUUCCCUCCGUUCAGAGCUCCGGGGAGUGUGGCUUUAUCCCGCUGGAAUACCGGAAUGAGAUAGUACAACUUGUUAAACUAGCGGGGCCAGUGGUCAUUUCCCAGUUGAUGGUCUUCAUGAUCACUAUCACCAGUCUGGUGUUCUGUGGUCACAUGGGAAAAACAGAACUAGCAGGGGUAUCAUUAGCAGCUGCGGUGGUUAAUGUCACUGGUAUUUCCAUUGGCAGUGGUUUGUCAUCAACUUGUGAUACUCUCAUAUCUCAGACGUAUGGGAGCGGUAACUUGAAGCGUGUGGGUGUGAUUCUCCAGAGAGGGGUUCUGAUCCUUCUGCUAGCCUGUUUCCCCUGCUGGGCUGUCCUCAUCAACACUGAACCUCUCUUACUUGCUGUCAAACAGAGCCCAGAGGUUGCCAGUCUCUCUCAGUUGUAUGUGAAGAUCAUCAUGCCUGCUCUGCCGGCUGCUUUUAUGUACCAGCUGCAAGGCAAAUAUCUUCAAAAUCAGGGAAUUAUAUGGCCUCAGGUUAUAACCGGAGCAAUGGGAAAUGGCCUUAAUGCAAUCAUCAACUACAUCUUCCUCUAUCCUUUGGAGUGGGGUGUCACAGGAUCUGCAGCUGCCAAUGCCAUCUCACAGUAUUUGCUGGCUUUCUUCUUAUAUGUUUACAUCUGCUGGAGGGGUCUGCACAAGGCCACAUGGGGAGGUUGGUCACUUGAUUGUCUACAGGAGUGGGGUCCCUUCAUCAAGCUGGCUAUUCCCAGUAUGCUCAUGAUUUGUUUAUCAUGGUGGAUAUUUGAAAUAGGAGGAUUCCUGGCUGGAGUGAUAAGUGAAUUCCCACUGGGAUUCUCUAUUGCUGCCAGUGUACGGGUUGGGAAUGCUCUUGGUGCAGGAAACACAAAGCAAGCUAAGCUAUCGUGCAAAGUCUCCAUCAUGUGUGCAUUCAUGGUGGCAUGUUUCGUUGGAGCUAGUCUCAGCAUCGCCAAAAAUGUCAUUGGAUACAUUUUCACCUCAGAACAAGACAUUAUUAAGAGGGUUUCUGACGUCAUGCUCAUUUUUGGUUUCAUGCAUGUUGGUGAUGCCACUGCAGGUGUGGCUGCAGGUGUUCUGAGAGGAGCAGGAAAACAGCUGGUUGGUGCUCUGUGUAACCUGGUAGGAUACUACUUCAUUGGUUUCCCCAUUGGAGUGUCUCUGAUGUUUGCAGCAAACAUGGGGAUUGUGGGUCUAUGGACAGGACUUACCAUUUUGUGUGUCACUGCAGGCGAUUGCUUUCAUCACAUUUUGUGCUCUUGUGAGAGCAGGAGAGAUCAGGAAGUGAAAGAGAUGGUUGGGAUAGAACAUCCAGACUCAGAUCUAAACCCAGCCUUAGCCAGGGUAACUGCACCCAGCUCUGUGAGGGCUGAGGAGGGUGACACAAACCUGGAGAUGCUAGUUCCAGGUCGCAGUGAAAUCACCACAACCACCACAGUGGGAGAUGUUCUGUCAGUGAAACAGCUGGUUUUACGGCGUGGUCUUACAUUGUUUAUCAUGAUCAUCAUACUCGUCUCUGGAAUUGUAACCAGCAACUUGCUGGUAAAACUGUUGAAAUGACUCUUCCCUAAAAGCUAAUACACGCUCGUUGGUCUGUUGGGCUCCAGCUCUUAGCAAAAUUUCCACUUUCUGUCAGAAUACAAAUGAUGGAGAGCCCAAGUAAGUGACUUGUGAUCCGUCAAAGAGCCAAAGAGACCCAUAUUUAUUUUUUCAGCUAACAGACCAAACCAGGGCUAAAAUACAAGUAAAUAGUAUUUAACAGUUGUAUAGUAUAUCAAUGCUUAUAUUUAUUGUACAGUCUGCCCCAUUUGCUUUAAAAGAUUAGGCCUACUCCAUGACUUUAGCAUUGCACUAAAGUGAUGGAGUAGUUUUUCUUCCUAAACAAUAAACAA